AUGAAAAUUAAUAUAACGAUCAAUGGUUUAUUAUCAACGAGAAAAUCUACUAUUGGUCAAUCACUUGCAUUAAAGUUAAAUUAUCAAUUUAUUGAUAGUAGAUUAUUUUAUCAAUAUCUAGCAACAAAAACAGCAAGUCAAGAUGAACAAAAAUUAUUAACUUUAUUACAACAAGAAAAAAUUGAACAUAUAUUUCAACUUAACGAAUUAGUAUUUUUUGAAAAUGAUAAAUAUAUUAAAAAUAGUUUAAAAGCUAGUUUAAUUGCUAAAAACAACAAUAUACAAAAAAAAAUUAAUAAGAUAAUUUAUAAAAAUAUCAAAGAAGGAGGAUAUAUUAUAUCUGGUCGUGAUUCUGCAACAAAUAUUCUUCCUAAUGCUGAAUUAAAAUUUUAUUAA